GUGAUGAUGCAGGUGUUGAACACGUCUGACGAGGUGGAGCAGCUGGUGCUGAGGAACACAGGCUUGACAGACGCACUCUUACUGAGCCUGGCCGCAGCCCUGAAGAGGAGCGCCUCCGAGGUCACAUUCCUCAAUCUCAACCUCAACCACCUCGGACCCCAAGGGGCCCACAUCCUCCUGGACCUACUGGGGGCCAAGCCCCAGGUCAAAGGACUGCUCUUGUUUGGAAACCAACUGGGAGACCCUGGAGUUCUGACACUACUUAGUGGACUGGCUCAACUCCAGGAGAUAACAACGAGACACCCAACAUCACUACCAUGGAUUGAAGAUCCCCAGGUCCAGGGCCAGAACCCGCUAACACACUCAGUUGUCCCCCUCCCUCCAACCACAAGGGGCACUCUCUACCCCUUUUCACUGUUGGAGCUGGACAUAGGAGGAAACGGGCUGAGCAGCAAUGGCCUGAGGAUGUUGACAUCCUACAUGAGACUCCACUCAAGACUGCAGUACCUGGGGCUGGCCCGGACCACUGGUGCGGACCUAGAGGCAUGGCGGGAGCUGUUUGACUCUCUGAAGGGAAACGUGACCCUCAGCCAUAUUAUCCUGGAUGAGAGUAACCUAGGAGACCAGGGAGCCAGGCUAUUCGCUGACACGCUGAGAGCCAAUCAGAGCCUGAGGCAGGUGGAUCUGGACAGUAAUGGGAUUGGUGAGGUGGGAGGAAGUGAAAUCAUAGAGGCGUUGCUUUGUAGGACAGAGUUUCCGCUGAGACACCUGAGUCUGGAGGGGAAUGGUAUCAGCACCGGACUAAUGGGUAGAAUUCAACAGGAAGUGAGAUUUAACUGACAGAAACAUGUUUUUUUUUACAUAUUACAGAACUGGAAUUUAUCCAAAAUGAUGAACAAGGUAGGGCACAGCGCAUAGCACAAAAGAGGAACAGUCAAAAUAGAUGUUGCGGAAAAGACUAAAUAAUAUGGAUUGUCUGACUAUUUCUACACAAGAUCAGCAUUUAGCUACUGUACACGGGACUAGACUAUUCCUCACUGUUAAUAAAUUACUUCUCACAUCUA